UGCAGCAAAAAGUGGGCGUUCGCUAGCUACAUUAUAUUAGAUGCAGCUCAAAAUGAAGUCUUUGUGCCUUCUAGCAGUGAUUUUGGGGCUUUGCACGCUUCCAAUCAGCUCCCAAGACCCGUGCCCAGCCGGUAGAGAAUGCCCUGCCAACUUCCCUGUCCGCAGUGAUGGUGUAAUUACACCUGGUACCUGUGAUGGUGGAGGUAGCAUAAGGUCCGAAAUUGACUCUGACCUUCGUUCACUGCUUUUGGACACUCAAGUGACGAAUGCUUUGAGAAAAAAGCAUCCUAGUUUAGUCCCCAAUCUUGGUUCCGCUGAUCUCCCGGCAAGCAGCUGUGCGAAAAUCUACGAAUCCAAUGAGACUGCCCAAAAUGGUAACUAUUUCGUCCGUGAUGAAGAUACUACAGUAUUUUGUCGAUUUGAUCUUGCAACCCUUGCAACUCCCAAAACGAACGGAUGGCAGUUAUUGACUCUUUUCGAUAUGAACGAUCCUAAUACCAAUUGUCCUAGUCAAUUAAGAUUUGAUAAUGUGCGAGGGAUGCGCCACUGUCGUAAAAAUGACGAUGCAACCGGCUGCGUUUCGAUAUUUUAUCCUCACAAUCGACCAAUCAAACGACUCUACGGAAGAGUGCAUGGUUAUCAUAGCGGAACACUGGACAUCGAGGAUGAUCAAUUCAACCGUGGCAUUGAUGGCAUUUAUAUCGAUGGUAUUAGUCUCACCUAUGGUCAAUCACCUAGACGGCAUAUUUGGAGUUUUAUAAGCUACUUGUCUGCAGCUUUUCCAAACUGUCCUUGCAGCACUAACGCUAUAAGAUCAACUCCUAGCUAUAUUGGAGAGAAUUACUUCUGUGAAUCUGGUACAGCAGCUGAAACUGUUAAUCCUGCCGUGACAUUUGUUGACGAUCCAGUAUGGGAUGGUCAGAAUUGUGAGAGUACUCAAGAUCCAGGAUGCUGUACCCGUGGAUACCGUGACAACGGAGAAUGGUUUUAUCGAGAGUUUGAGGUUCCUUUUGUUGAUGACGUUGAGCUUCGUCUCUGUACCGAUGAGCCCAGAUCCGAUGAAGAAAUCGCACUAGUACUUGCUGAAAUUUAUUUCGAUUAAGUCUGCUAAAAUUGUUCGUUUAGUUUCGGACUCAUGUAACACAGUUGUAUUAAUUAGCAUCUACAGCUGUAGUGUUAUGGUAGCUAUUGCCAUGGCAACAAACUGGGAACAAUGUGUUAUAAUUAUGUACAUGUUCACUUGAUAUUACAAGUUCAACUAUUGUUAA